GUGGUUGACAGUCUAGUUGGCUUGGAAGACUCUCAUGACUAUGAUUUAUAAGUCAUAAUCAGCCCAAGUACAGUUGAUGUUAUGAAUAAAAAUCGUACAAUGAGCAUGCAGGAAAAAGAAAAAUACACAAAAAUCAAAUAUACCUUAUAUCUGACAAUUCUUAUAGGCUAUUCUCUCUACUAUUACAACAGGAAGUCAGCAAGCUCUUUGAUACCUGUUUUGUUACAAUCAAAAAUUUUGGAUGCCAGUGGUGUAGGUUUAGUAAGUAGUGCUUUUUCAUUGAGCUAUUGUCUAAGCAAGUUUGGUUCUGCACUGCUUUCUGACAAGUCCAAUCCUAGACCUUUGUUUGUCUUUGGUUUGGUUGCCACAGGCCUAUGCAACAUUACUUUUACAUGUUUUGAUGGUGUUGUUUCAUUGGCUGCUAUUUGGUUUCUCAACGGUUUGAUUCAAGGUAUUGGUUGGCCACAAUGUGCAAAACUUUUGAAAGUAUGGUUUCGUCCUGAUGAGAUUGGCACUUAUUGGAGUUUAUUGACAGUGGGAUGUAACUUUAUUGGUGCCUUUUGCCCGCUGAUAUCUCUAUAUAUAACAUCAUGGUAUCCUUGGCAAUAUUCCAUGAUAUUACCUGGACUUGUGGCCAUUACCAGUGCACCUUUGGUAUUCCGUUUCAUUUUUAAUUCACCAGAGGAAGCUGGAUUACACUCUUUCACUGUUCAAGGUUCAUCAAAUGAAGUGAAUAACAGCUUUGACAGUAUUUGGCUGAAAAUUGUGCUUAAGUUAUGUUCAAGUCCAUUUUUAUGGGUGCUCAUACACGGGAACUUUCUUACGGCUAUUUUAAGAAGUGGAAUUAAUGAAUGGAUUCAAGUUUAUCUCAUUCAUGAUAAGAAACAUUUGAAGUCAACUGCUAGUGUUGCUCUCACAUUGUUUGAAGUUGGUGGGAUUUUUGGAAGUCUUUUUUCUGGAGUUAUUACGGACAAAUGGAUGCAAAAACGUAAUCCACAUCAUCACCAUAGUCCGCGAAUGGUUGCGUUUGUUUGGCUAUUUUUUAUGCUUCUUGUUUGUCUGCAUUUAUUGACGAAUUUCGUUGAUUCACAAUCAUCAACGAUAUUUAUUGCAUUCCUUUUAUUUGGUUGUGGAAUGGCUUUAUCUGGCUCUAACUCUCUUUACGGUUUAUUGGCAGUAGAAAAUUCACCGCAAAACUUUUCGGGAACGACAAAUGCCUUUGUAUCUCUUGGAUCAAGUGGCAGUCAUGAAUCUCAUCUGGAGUCUCAAGAUACAUCGAAUCAUAAAUAUUAUAAAAAUAACAGUUAAAAUUGAUGCAGCUAAAAUCGGAUCUGGAUAUUCUUUGGUAGAGUGGUUUCUUACAACGAAAUGCCUACUACAUGCUUUUACGUAAUAAAUUGGACGUCUGUCUCUAUGCAAUCAUUUGAAUCUGAAAAGUGUCCUGUUAAAUCGCAAAAUUGCUCGAGAAGAGAAGUUCCUUUCUAGAUUGAAUCAUGAAAAUAUUGUAAGGUAAAAAGAAAUUUACUAUCCAAAAUGAAUCAAAAUUUUGUAACAUAAGAGUUGAAAGCGAGGUUCAGGAUGAUACAAAUUGCUUGGCUUGUUAAAUGUUAUCUUUGUAAAAAAAGUACUAUAAACUAUUAUAAAAAAGUACAUAAUCCCUUUUAUUCAUGAAACCCAUGGAUGUUUUUGUUUAUAAUGAGAGAGUUAAAUUGUAUAACGAGGCUCUCGUUCAUCACGAGAGAAUUAUGAGAAAGUUACAUUGUAAAAGGUAACAUAUAAAAAACGUAUAAAUAUGUUUAGAGUUGCUUUAAGUUAUAAAUCAAAGAGGCAGAAGUUUUUUGAA